UUUAUCUGUUGCUUACAAGAGAAACGCUGUUAGCAUUGUAGCUAGUGCUAACGUUAAACCCCCAACAGCAAGACUAACCGAGCAGAAAGUCGAGCGAGGUGACACCGGUGGAAACUAAGAGCUGUCCGUUUUGAACCGAAGGUCUGGUGCCAGGCGCAGCCAUUCUGCUAGCAGCGUGGUGAUGCUGCUGGAUGUUUUGGAAUGUCUCGUCCAAUCAGAAACGCCUUUACUAAGGCUUGACCAAUGAGAGCAAGGAUUGUUGCGAUGUCACUAUUAUGAGCCGUCAAACAGGGAAGUUCAACUUGUAAUGUGAAGUGCAUGGUCAGAUAUUUGAAUCACACACUUACCGGUGAAGAUGUUCGGCAGAGUGCUGGGGAAGACUUUAGGAUUUCUGGGCUACACGGUCCAGUAUGGCUGCAUUGCACAUUGUGCCUUUGAAUACAUUGGAGAAUUUGUGGUGUGCUCUGGUCCAUCAAUGGAGCCUACAAUUGUCAGCCAUGACAUUGUCUUUUCUGAGCGGAUGAGUCGUCACCUUUGCAAAAUACAAACGGGAGAUAUAGUCAUUGCGAAGAGUCCAUAUGACCCAAAUAUGAACAUUUGUAAAAGGGUAAUUGGUUUGGAGGGAGAUAAAGUCUGCACAAGUUCUCCAUCAGAUUUUUUCAAGACCCACUCAUAUGUUCCAAAAGGCCAUGUAUGGCUGGAAGGGGAUAAUCUUAGGAAUUCCACUGACUCACGGAACUAUGGCCCAAUUCCCUAUGCCCUCAUCAGAGGCCGUGUUUGCUUAAAGCUCUGGCCACCACAUAGUUUUGGGACCCUCAAUGAAAGCCCCAGCAGACGGAUUACUAAAAGUCCGAAAGACUCGGACUGACUCAUACACAUCGUUUAUACUGUAUCUUUACCUUUUUUUCAAUCCUUUUUAAAUAAAAUUGAUAUUUAUUCAGGUCUUUUGGGGAGAUAUUUUGCAGCUCUCUUCAUUUUAUCGCUUUAUAACUGACCAUGACUUUUGGAGCUUGAGGUGUGUAGCCGUGAGCGCUGCGUGAGAAGCAAGUAAAGCUGCGUCUCUGUGGAGCUGCUAACAGCAGAGCACGGGCAGAUGCAAGGAUGAGAUGGUGUGCGCUGGGAAUCGUACUCAUUUAAAAGCAAAUAAUUACAUUUCAAGUUAAUAAAUUAAAGAACACACAUACCAUUGGGUUUGUAACCGAAUUGG